AUGGGCGACCCAUCCGAUGCUCAGGAACUCCCUGAGAAGAUCUUGAAGCGAGAGCUGUACCAGUUUGCAAGGCGGCGCAAAACAGACUAUCCUUACAAUGACAAUUUGGAAGUCGAUGUCUUGAUUGUCGGAGCAGGGUUUGGUGGCACCUAUCUUUUGUAUGAGAUGCGGAAGGCCGGCUUCAAGACGGUUUUGUAUGAAGCCGGUACCUCCUUCGGAGGCACUUGGAGAUGGAACGUCUAUCCCGGUGCUCGGGUCGACUCUGAAGUCCCGAUCUAUCAAUUGGGAAUACCUGAAGUCUACAAAACUUGGACGUGGACGACCAACUAUCCAGACUAUCACGAGCUCCAGGCAUACUUCGACCACGUCGACAAGGUCUGCGAUCUCAGCAAAGACUGCGCAUUCGAAAGCGUCGUAAUAAGCUCCGAGUUCGACACCAAUUCCGGGAAAUGGACCGUCAAGACCGCAGAUGGCCGUACCGCCAAAUGCAAGUAUUUGAUCAUCGCCGCCGGCUUCGCUGCAAAGCGGUACAUCCCAGACUAUCCCAGUAUGGAGAAGUUCAAGGGCAUCAUGCACCACUCCUCGUUCUGGCCGACAGAAGGCGUCAAUGCCAAUGGCAAGCGAGUGGCUAUCAUCGGCACAGGCGCCUCUGGCGUGCAGAUGAUCCAGGAAUGGGGUCCUACUGCCGAGCACCUGACUGUGUUCCAGCGCACGCCCAAUCUAGCCCUUCCGAUGGGUAAGCGCGAUCUGACCAAGGCGGAGCAAGAGCAACUAUACCCAGCGUAUGAUGAUCUGAUGCGUAUGCGCGAAUGCAAUUUCGCUGGCUUUACCUACGACUUUGAGGAACGCAACACCUUCGAAGAUACCCCGGAAGAACGCGAAGCCGUGUAUGAACGGCUAUGGAAGAAGGCUGGCUUCGCAAUAUGGCUCGGCAGCCACAAGGAUUACCUCUUCGACAUGAAAGCCAACCGUUGUGUCUACGACUUCUGGCAGAAGAAGCAAGCCCCGCGCGUCAAGAAUCCCGAGAAACGCGCCCUCCUGAUCCCCGAGGAACCACCCCACGCAUUCGGCAUCAAGCGUCCAUGCCUCGAGCAAAACUACUUUGAAGUCCUGGACCGAGACAACGUGACAAUCGUGGACAUCUCAGAAAAAGGCGGCAACAAGAUCGAAGAAUUUACAGAGACUGGCAUCAAGACCAGCGAUGGCAAACACCACGAGUUUGAUAUCAUCGCCCUAGCCACAGGCUUCGACAUCACCACCGGUGGCAUGACGAACAUGGGCCUGAAGUCCAUCAACGGCACCACCCUACAGGACGAAUGGAAAAAGGCCGCAUACACGUACCUGGGCACCACCAUCUCCGGGUAUCCGAACAUGUUCCAUCUCUACGGCCCUCAGGGACCGACGCUGCUCGCCAAUGGCCCCACCGCCGUCGAGGUCCAAGGCCGCUGGAUCCGCGACGCCAUCAAACUCAUCGACCGCAACGGCUUCAAAUACGUCAACCCCACCCAGGAAGCCAGCCAGAAGUGGAAGACGCGCAUCAACGAGUUGUCGGAUAUGACCCUCCUGCCCACCACGCGGAGUACCUAUAUGGGCGGCAGCGUGCCGGGCAAGGCAUUCGAGGCGGUCAACUAUACCGGCGGCAUUCCAGAGUAUAUCAAGGAGAUCCGUGCCGUGUUACCCAGCUUCAAGGGGUUCGAAACCGUCAAGGCCUGA